AUGGAUGAUGUCGUAAUGGGUGGUGUCAUCAUGGGUGACGUCAGAAUGGGUGAUGUCCUAAUGGAUGUCGUCAUAAAGGGUAACAUCAUGGAGGAUAUCAUAAUGAAUGACGUCAUAAUGGGUAAUGUCAUAAUGGAAGAUGUCAUAAUAGAUUAUGUCAUAACGGAUGAUGUCAUGCUUGGUGAUAUAAUGGAUGAUGUCAUAAUAGAUGAUGUCAUAAUCAGUGACGUCAUACUUUGUGGUAUCAUAACGGGUGACGUCAUAAUGGGUGACGUCAUAACGGAUGACAUCAUAAAGGAUGAUAUCAUAAUGGGUGCUGACGUGGCAGGAGGCGUGGCUGUGAACGGCGGAAAUAAGCUUGAAGUGGCAAGGAGCUUCCAUUGCUACCACUCCCCCUACCCAGAGGAGUAUGCUCGCCUGGGCCGUCUCUACAUGUGUGAAUUCUGCCUCAAGUACAGGAAGAGCCAGACAAUACUUCGCAGGCACAUGGCAAAAUGUGUUUGGAAACACCCACCGGGUGAUGAAAUCUACAGGAAAGGCUCCAUCUCAGUGUUUGAAGUGGAUGGGCAGAAGAACAAGAUCUACUGUCAAAACCUGUGUCUGCUGGCAAAACUUUUCUUGGACCAUAAAACACUGUGUUAUGAUGUUGAACCCUUCCUCUUCUAUGUCAUGACAGAAGCUGACAACACUGGCUGUCACCUGAUAGGUUAUUUCUCCAAGAAGAAUUCUUUUCUCAGCUACAAUGUUUCUUGUAUCCUGACAAUGCCCCAGUACAUGAGGCAAGGUUAUGGCAAGAUGCUCAUUGACUUCAGCUAUUUGCUUUCUAAAGUAGAAGAAAAAGUUGGCUCUCCAGAACAUCCUCUGUCUGAUUUAGGGCUCAUCAGCUACAGGAGCUACUGGAAGGAAGUUCUUCUUCGUUACCUGCAUAAUUUCCAAGGAAAAGAGAUUUCUAUCAAAGAAAUCAGCCAGGAGGCUGCAGUGCAUCCUGUUGACAUUGUUAGCACCUUGCAGGCACUUCAGAUGCUCAAGUACUGGAAGGGAAAACACCUGGUCCUGAAAAGACAGGAUCUGAUUGAUGAAUGGAGAGCCAAAGAGGCUAAAAGAUCCAACAGCAAUAAGAUAAUGGAUCCCAGCUGUUUGAAAUGGACCCCUGCUAAGGGAACUUAA